ACCGCCGCCCCGCCCGUCUAGGAGUGGCGGUCCGUCCGGCCUUGGGGUGAGUCCGCCCGGAGAGUGUCCGCCCCGCCGCGCUGUCAGGAAGCGGGCCAUUUUUGCGCCGCCCGGCAGUGAAGAGGUGUGUCGACGCCGGCCGGGCGUCAGUCGCCCUGCAGCUCCGGACCGACCAUGAGGCCCCUACCGUCGACCGUUCCGCUGCUCACGCUGGUCGUGGCGCUGACGGCGCGGGCCGCUCCGCAGGCCACCCUCAGCGCCCAGCAGGAGGCCUUCGCGCUGCACCACGCCGCCGCACUGCGCGGCCUGGCCGCCGUCCAGAAGAUCUCCGAACUGCGCUCCGCGGCCCGGGGCGCGGCCGCGCCGGCUCCCACCGCGGCGCCCACCACCGCGGCGCCCACCACCACCACCGCCGCUCCCACCACCACCACGGCGCGCGUGACGCCGCUGGCCGAGCUGCCGCAGCCCGAGGUCUGGCGCCAGUUCGUCCUCAACCGGAUGACGACGGCCAUCGAGAUCCAGCGGGCGAUGCCGUCGCCUUCGCCGGGGAUCGGCGCUACGCUGGAGCCGGUGCCGCUGACGCAGCAGGCGCUGGAACGGCUGCUGGCCGAGUCGCUCUCCGGCGAGCCCACGCAGACGGGCGCGCCCUGGCACCGCUCGGCCGCGCUCCAGCUGCGCACCGUCAUGGAGGCCGACAACCGGCUGGAGCAGGCGCAGCAGCCCGGCGUCGCCGAGCCGGGCCUGGUGAUGGCGCGCGCGAUUGCCGAUGUGUCGGCCACUCGGCUGUCGCCGGAGCCCAUCUCCAAGGCGGUGCCGCCGCUCACCCGACCAGAGAUCGCCUACAUCCGCGACCUGCUGGAGGAGGCCGUCGACGGCGACCUCAUCCUGCCGGUGUGAUCGGACCCGCGCCGGACAGCGGGGAGGGCACGAACGGCAUCAUCCACCCACAAAGAACAGCGCGGCCGCCGCCGCAGGCCGGAGCGUUCUGCAGCGGUGGCCGCGACUUCACUCACAGCGGGCAGUCAUCACCAUCACCACCAGCGCGGCCAACCCAUCGGCACCCUCCCACAGAGCGUUCGACGGUCAGGUGGAGCCCGAGGGUGUACCUGCUAGGGUCCGUCAGCUGGUCCUGCAGCUCGCUGUUUGCAGCGAGAUAUUAGAUUUACUUGCCUUUCUGUAAUGUAAGUAAGUUUCGAAAAUAGACUUAUUUGGUUCUCUUCACACGUGUGUUGUAUUGCGCUUCACGGCUGUUAUUUUUUCUUUCUUUUUUAGCUAAGAGCACGUUCAUCGAUGCCUGACGAGGCUGAUAUUUGUACAAUUGUGAAUUGUGAUGCGAUGUUACAUUGUAAUAAUAAUAAACUUACUACGAUCCAAAACA